AUGUCGUCUGCUUUGCGUUCAACAAAAAAUCUCGUUGCUUUGGUUACUGGAGGAGCGUCUGGUUUGGGACGUGGAACCGUGCAAACUCUUGUUGAAUCUGGCGCUAAAGUAGCUAUUCUCGACCUUAAGUCUUCUGAAGGCAGUGCUAUUGCUAAGGAAUUCGGAAAAAAUGUCAUCUUCACCCCUGCUGAUGUCACAUCUGAAGAAGACGUCGCUAAGGCAUUUGCGGAUGUCAAAUCGAAAUUCGGAAGAUGUGAUGCUGUUGUCAACUGUGCUGGAGUCGCUAUGGCUUUCAAGCUUUACAAUGUGAAUAAGAAGAAGAUGUCCGAUUUCGAAAUGAUCAAGAAAACCAUUAAUGUUAAUGUGAUCGGUAGUUUCAAUGUAAUUCGUCAUGGUGUCGCAUUAAUGGCAGAUAAUGAGAAGGAUGAUAUGGGACAACGAGGAGUCAUCAUCAGCACUGCUUCUGUUGCCGCUUAUGAUGGACAAACUGGACAGUCAGCCUACUCUGCUUCUAAGGGAGCCAUAGUCGGAAUGACCUUGCCUUUAGCCAGAGAUUUCGCCGAUGACGGAAUCAGAGUAAUGGCUAUCGCCCCUGGACUCUUCAACACACCCCUCCUAUCUGCUUUGCCAGAAAAGGUAACAAAGUUCUUGGCUCAACUUGUGCCUAACCCAUCUCGUCUUGGAAACCCACUUGAGUACGGGGCCCUGGCCAAGCAUAUCAUCGAGAAUCGUUACUUGAACGGUGAAGUUAUUCGUCUCGAUGGAGCAAUCCGUAUGCCUCCAUAA